AUGUCCCUCUCCCCUCCAAUGCCGCCCUUCAACUCCUCCGACCCAAGCGCCUCCUUCCUCUCCACCUCCGCCCUCGACUUCCUCCUCAUUGAGCUCGUCCCGCUCGCCCACCGCGUCACAUCCCAGCGCGACUUUUCCUCUCCCAUCUCUUCUUCUCUCUCCCCUUCAACCGCCGCCGCCGCCGCUUCUCAGCUAUCCCCCCAAGCGAACCAGCAACAUCCCGACAGCAACAACAACAACGACAGCAGCGCCACGCACCCGCAGGCGCAAAACUCCUCUACCGCCUCCGCCUCCGCCGACCAUGCCUCAAAGAGGAUAGACGACGACGAGCACCUCGAUGCAGUGCACUACCGGCUCGAGGCGCAAGGAUACCGCGUCGGACAGGGCCUCGUGGAAAGAUUCUCCCGCGACCGCCCGCGCUUCAACGACACCCUCGACGUCAUAAAGUUCCUCUGCAAAGACCUCUGGUCCCUCGUCUUUGGCAAGAACAUUGACAACUUGAAGACGAACCACCGCCCUCAUACAAACAUCAUUUCCGCUAACAACAGCCUCCAGGGAGUCUAUGUUCUGACCGACAAUGCCUUCCGCCCUUUUUCUCGCAUGAGCACCGAAACCGGCAGCCAGGCCGUCGUUCGCGCACAGCCUUUCCUCUGGUUUCCCUGCGGCAUCAUCCGCGGCGCUCUGGCUGCCCUGGGUAUCAGCGCCACCGUCCAAGCCGAGGUCAACGAGCUACCGGCGGCUAUUUUCCAGAUCAAGACCGUCGUCGCCAAGCCACAGUGA